AUGGCCGCCGUCCUGCAGCAGCGCCGGCGGCAGCGCGGCUUGGUGCCCAGAGCGGCUGUGUCCCAGAGUGAACCAACCACCUUGGCGGCCUCAGACGGCCAGCAGCAGCAGGCGCAGCAGCCACCGCGCCGGCAGCAGCAGCGCCGCCUGACCGCGGCAGAGGAGGCGCAGCUGGCGGAGCUGGCGGUUGGCGGCGACCACCGAGCGGCCGCCAUGCUUGCCCAUGCCAACCGGCCCCUCGUCACCUGGCUGGCUGCCAAGUUUGCGGGCCGUGGGCUGGCGAAAGAGGACCUGGUCGCAGAGGGCAUGCUGGCACUGGAGCGCGCGGCGGGGAGCUUCCAUCCCGACCGCGAGGCGCGCUUCGGCACCUUUGCCGCGGCCGCCAUCAGCAACGCGCUGUCGCGGGCGAUCCGCAGGCAGUCGCGCGUGAUCCGCAUCCCCGAGACUCACUACCGAGACAUGGCUGUCGUGCGGCAGGCGAUGGCGGAGCUGUCUGCAGAGCUGGGCAGGCCGCCGCGCUGCGAGGAGAUUGCCCAGAGCUGCGUCUUAACCGUCAAGCACACUCUCCACCUGCUGCGGGCCAUGGGUACCCAGCAGCAGCAGGGGGGGGGUUCCGAGGCGGCAGAAGAGUAUGACGUGGUGGACGAUUCGCUGGAGGAGGAGGAGUGCUCCUUCGCCCAGGAGGAGCGCCAGGGCAUGCUGCGCCAGGAGCUCAGCAGCAGGCUGGCACAGCUGGACUCCAAGCAGGCUCUGAUUGUGUCGCUGCGCCAUGGGCUGCACGAUGGCCGUGCUUGGAGCUGCAAAGAAAUCGGGGAGCGCCUGGAUUGCACUGCUGCCUGGGUUGCUGCACAGUACAAGAUGGCCGCGCACAAACUGCAGCGGCAGGCGAGCGGCGCCGAGGAUGCAGCACCGGCACAGUUGGGCGCCUCGCAGGCGCUGACAGCGGCCAUUGCCAGGCUGAGCCUGGAAGAGCAGCUGGUCCUGGCGCUGCGCUGGGGCUGGCUGGAUGGCAAGCUGUCGACGUAUGCCGAAAUUGGGAGGCGCAUGAACGCCAGCACCACCUGGGCCAGCAGCCAGUGCAAGAAGGCAGAGCGCAAGUUGCAGACACUGCUGCCCGCGGCCGCGCCCUUCAGCCCAAAGGCGCUCGAGCGAGUGUCGCUGAGCCCGCGGCAGAGCCAGGCAUACCAGCAGCAGCUGCUGGCUUCGUACGGAGCCGGCAAGCAGGACAGCGACAGCGCCGCCGACCUUCAUGACAGCCUGCUCUCCAUCGCUCAGCAGGCACAGCAGGUGCCGUCUGCGCGCGCCCUCGUAGCAGAGCCUGCGACGGGGCCCGGCCGCAACGGCUCAGCAGCGGCUGUGCAGCAGCCGGCUCCAGCGGGGAAAGCGGCAGCAGCGCCCCGCCGGAGAAGCAGGGCCAGCGCUGGCAGCGCCAAAGCCAAGCUGGAGAGGCAGUGGCUGGCAGAGCAGGCGGGGGAAGCGGGGGCGGCUGCUCAGUACGCCACAGCUGGUGCGGGCCUGCGCAGCCUUUAG